CCUUGUAGCGAGAAUGUCAGACAAUCCUCUCAUCAUUCGUAAAACCUCGUCUUGUUCCAGAUGGAUAGAUCAGAUGCACAAUGAAUACUUCUGUGCGCACAUGUCGGAAGAAGAGAAGAUUGCUGCUGAAGAGAGCUUCAAAGCGUAUAUCAAUCCUACUGAACUCUACAUGAAACUUCAGGAUCGUGCUAAAAAGAAUCCCUUGUUUCUUCAGCGAUCUUUGAGUUAUAAGAUUGAGGCCAAACAUCAAAGGAGAAUACAAAUGACUGUGUCCCUUUCGGACACUAUAGAAACUCAAAAAUUGUUUCCUCUAUUUGUUUUUCUGGCAAGACUCGUUUCUCCUGAGCCUACUGCAGAGUAUUCUGCAGUAUAUAAGUUCAGUCGAACAUGUAGCAUACCUGGGGUUGAUGGAAAAGCCAACUUUCUUCUCGCUGAAAUGGACAGACUCGCUUUGAAGGCAGGAUCAGUGGAUUUAUUAUUUAUCAGCUUUGCUGGUGAGCAAAAUUUCGAUUCAAGCAAGAUCCGUUCAGGCAACAUAGGAGGACAUUGCUUCCUGAACAAAAUACCCUUGGAAACUCUCUAUUCGUCCUGGCAGAAAUAUCCAAAUAUGGACUUGGGAGAGAAAGCAAUUUCAGUCUCUCUUGUUGAAAUGGAGCCUUACUUUUUACAGCUAAAGUUUAUAAUGAGUGAGCAGUGUGUCGAGAUUCAGGUUCCCAGCAAUCCCCUCACCUCGAGCUCACCACAGCAAGUCCAAGUCACCAUAUCUGCACAAGAGGUUGGAGCAACGGAAAAUCCUCCUUAUCGCUCUUCAUUUUCAUUUAAUGACUUCCCUGCCUCUUCAGUAGUGUUGCCAAUUAACAGGUUGAGAAAAGGACGAGUUGCUUUCAAUUAUAGGUACUAUAACAACAAAUUACAGAAAACUGAAGUAACUGGAGACUUUACUUGUCCAAUCUGCUCAAUAAAAUGUGCCAGUUUUAAGGGCCUGGAGUGUCACAUGCCAUCAACCCAUGAUCUCUUCAAUUUCGAAUUUUGGGUAAAUGAAAAAUAUCCGGCUGUAAAUGUGUCUCUCAAGAGUGAGGUAACGUUCACCGAGACUAAUAAGGGCGACCCUAACGCAAGGCUGGAACCAUACCCUUUCUCUUCAAUGAAAUCCAGCCGUAGGAAGCAGAAGACUCCGGCAAGGAACCCAAGGCCGAGGCCAAUUAAGACUGACGAUGCUGCUGACUCUGUUAAAAGUGAGAAGAGCCAAAUACCACCUGGGGGUGCUGAGUCGUCUAGUCAAACAGUUCCUCCAGGAAUGGGUCCUGCAGACUUGCAAAUGAUGAACAUGUGGAACUCUUUUAUGAAGAAGCACCGAGUUAUCACAGGUGGUUGCAUCGCAUGUGGAUGUGAGGCGUUCUCAAAACUACACGGACCCUUCUUGGUCCGAAAUCUGGACUUGCUCUGGUGCUGGAAAAAGUAUAUCUGGACACUGAAGAUUUAUGGCCGCCUUGACGCCCAAACCUUGAACAACUGUAUGGUGCUUUUCGAACAGCUUGCAAAUUGAAG